GUAAUUAGUGGCGGGUUGGAGAAGCAAGAUGGACGCCUCUCAGAACACUUGUUGCGGUCAAAAACACUAAAAUAUGUUUUAAAGACAGCAUUUAAAAAAAAAAAAAAGUAAUUCUUACAUACUUACAUACAAAUUUGUGAACUUAUUCGUCAGAUAACCAAAAAAGAAAAAUCGCAUAGUUCGCUAAUAAUCGCCGUCACCUAACUAGCUAACCUAUUAAAAUGACAAAGAGGUAGAAGUUACGGUAAGAAAUAGAUUCUUCCACCUGAUUUCAAGACUGGGAGGCGGUGUCUACCCUCUCCUUUUAACCGGGGAGGGGAGGUCGGAGCACCGAGGCCCGACCCCGCCUCCUCCGCUCAGCUCUUGUCGGGCCAGCAAUGUGCAGCGUGACCCGCAGAGUCACCUCCUCCACACCGGCGCUGCUCACCUGGCGAGGUCUUCUUCCAGCGGUCACCAGACCACAGCGAGGGGGGAAACAUGACCGAGCAAGGCAAGAGGGUGCUCCUGGUGGUGGUGGACGUUCUUUCCGUCUUCAUUGUGGCUCUGCCUUCGGCCAUUCUGACACUUAUGUUCAGUCCGUACCAAAGAGGAAUCUACUGCGAUGACGAGAGCAUCAACUACCCCUACAGGAGGGACACCAUCUCCCACGGAGCAAUGGCCGCCGUCACCAUCUCCAGCUCUAUCAUCAUUAUCACCACUGGAGAGGCCUACCUGGUGCACGCCAAGCGUCUGCACUCCAACUCCCAGUUCAACCAGUACUUGUCGGCGCUCUAUAAAGUGGUGGGCACCUACCUGUUCGGAGCAGGCGUUAGCCAGUCGCUCACCGACUUGGCCAAGUUCACCAUCGGGCGACCGCGGCCCAACUUCCUUGCUGUGUGCGCCCCCGUCAGCUGCAACGGAUACGUGCUGCAGAUCAACUGCACCGGCAGCUUGCGCAACGUUACUGAGUCCAGGCUGUCCUUCUACUCAGGCCACUCGUCCUUUGGAAUGUACUGCAUGCUCUUUCUGUCGCUGUACGUCCAGGCCCGCAUGCAAGGCAAAUGGACACGGUUAGUUCGACCCACCAUCCAGUUCUUCCUGGUGGCCUUUUCCGUCUACGUGGGCUACACACGCGUCUCUGACUACAAGCACCACUGGAGCGAUGUGCUAGUGGGACUCCUGCAGGGGGCGCUCAUCGCCGUGCUCACUGUGAAAUACGUGUCGGACUUCUUCAAGCAGCGCUCUCCUCCUCGCACGCGAGCAGAUCCUUGUGACGAGGAGGAGGAACGUAAAGCAAGUCCUCAGCUGCCCGGCUCUCAGCGCACAAAUCACUACAACUACUCAGCACCCGUAUGAACGCUACGACACAAACACAGAUAUCACAACCACUAAACGGAACUUGGACAACGUCAACACCACUUUGUGUGCUGAAACAAUGUCUUUUUUUUUUAAUCCUUCAUUUUCGACAAUAUUGAUGCUGUGACCUGAUGGAAGAUAUUUGUCACAAUAUUUCACCUCUGAUUGAACGGCCGCCGUCUUUUUUUGUUUGUUUGUAACGCGGACCGCUUUAGCUAACAUAUUUUUAUAUAUAACGUCCAUGACUACUACUGUAUCGUAUCUAAUAAACUGUGCUUGUUUUUA